UUCUAUCCAAAAAUUCAUCAUUGUCAUCAUCAUCAUCAUCAUGGAUCCAAUAAAAUUAAUGAAUUCAUCACAUACAUAUUAUAAUGAACCACAAUUAGAAGCAUUACCAUUCUAUCCAUGGCAAAUAAUAUUGAUUAUGAUCUAUUCAACAACGGCAUUCAUUUCAUUGGGCAGUAAUGCAUUAACAAUCAUCAUAUUAUUACGUAAUGAACAAGUGUCCACUGAAUUAUGGAAAUUUUUGCUCAAUCUAUCAAUAUCGGAUAUAACGAUGGCAUUAUUUUGUAUACCAUUCACAUAUACAAAUUAUAUGCUAGGUAGAUGGAUAUUUCCACAUUUUUUAUGUCCAAUCAUACCAUUUUUUCAAGUGACCGCUGUUUCCGUAUCAAUUUGGACAUUGACAAUCAUUGGUAUUGAUCGAUUUUUUGCCAUUAUUUAUCCAUUUCGUUCAAUGUUAUGGCUGAAAAGACAUAAAAUAACGACAAUAUUUUCCAUUUGGUUAUUCGGUGCAUCAAUUGCAUCACCAUUAUUAUUCUAUUCACGUAUAGAAUCAUUUCAAUAUCGUGGUGAAAAUUAUGAUGAUUGUCGUGAACAAUUCAGUAAUGAUGGUGGCCGUAUUUAUACUAUAUUCAUAUUUUUGUUCACAUUUUUUUUACCAAUUAUGGCAUUAAUAUUUGUUUAUGCAAGAAUAUGUAUACAUCUUAUACGUAAUACAACCGUUCCUGGUAAUCCGGAUCAAAAUCGAGAUAAAUAUUGUGUGAAUAAAAAAAUAAAGGUAAUCAAAAUGUUGGUCACAAUAGUCGUAUUAUUUGCCAUGUGUUGGUUUCCCAUACAUCUAUUUCAAUUAUUAGUUUGGUUUCAUCCAACCAUACAGAAUCAAAAGACAACAUUCUCAUAUUAUCUUUAUGUUGGAUCAUAUUUUGUUUGCCAUUGGUUAGCCAUGGCACAUUCAUUUGUCAAUCCAUUUGUAUAUUGUUUUAUGAGCGGAAAUUUUCGGCAGAGUUUGGGAAAAACAUUAAGUCGUUGUUGGCCAAGAUUAUUCCAGAAGAAUAAUUCAAAUUAUCAUUCCACAACAAUUACAUUGGAUCCAAAUCAACAUAAUCAUCAUCAUCAU